UUCUAUCUUGGGUGCUGCAGCCAAGAAGUUCAGCAUCUCGGUAACCGUAGCCAGAAGCCGUCGCCAUGCCUCGCAAAAUCGAAGAGAUCAAAGAUUUUCUAUUGACAGCCAGGAGGAAGGAUGCAAAAUCCGUCAAGACCAAGAAGAACAAAGAUCAUGUGAAGUUCAAGGUCCGUUGCAGCCGGUAUCUGUAUACGCUGGUCAUCACAGACAAGGAAAAGGCUGAAAAACUGAAGCAAUCUCUUCCACCAGGUUUGGCUGUGAAAGAGCUGAAAUGAACCAGUCAUGCUUGAAAUCUUGGCCGUGAAU